AUGAGUUAUAAUCAAAAAGAUAAAUUUUAAUUAAACAAAAAGCAAAGUAACUUUUAUAUAUAUAUCAUAGAAUGGUCAGUAAUUGACUUUAGUACCUCUUUAGUAGUUGAAAAUGGUACCUGCUGAAUUAUCACAGAAAUAUUAAUAAAUCAAAUCCUCAUUCUAAUUAUAAAAAGAAUCAUUCAUUAAUAGAGGUACUUUUUGUUGAAUAGCAGAAAAUGUAAAAUCAGAAAUGCUUGAAGAAGAAACCUGUUAACAUACUAAGUUAAUGAGCCAUUGCCAUCAAAUAUUUAAAUAUAUUUACAAUUGUUACUCAAUUUAAUAAUAACACACAUCACUUAGGAUAUUAAAAAAUGAAAAAUACUUAAUUAAGAAUACGAAAAUUGUUAAUUUGUUGGCUAUUAAUUUCAUCCAAAAAAUUGUAUAAAGGAAUUCCUUCUCUAGAUAGGCAACAAAUCAAUAUAUGAUCCUAAAUCACAUCCUUUUUCAAGGAAUUUAAUAAGAUAAAUUAUUAAGCUUUAAGAACCAUAAAAAAAGUUUUAUCUGUUAUAUUAGCUGAAAAUUCAUCGACUCAGAACUUAUAAUAUGGAGGAAAAAGAAAAUCAAAACUUAAAUUUUGUGGAGUAGUUCAAUAUAAAAUCGAAUGAUUUAUUUAUAGACCAUUAGAUUUAGUAUUAAUAGAAGAAAAAAAUUGGCGCUAUUUGA